AUACUUUUGCAUGCCAUGAUUCUCAUGAAACAUGACGCUUGUCCCCUCUCUCCAUGAUUUAAAACAUCACGCUUAUAAACGCCUAUUCCAUAUUAAAGAAUAGAUUCUAGUAAAACAUGGAAGUCGAAUAUACUGCAGAUACUCCCAUCCAACUGAAAGAGUCCAAGCACGCUCUUCAGCUUCUAACAGAGAACACACCAAAUGGCAAAAAAGUGCAGAUUCUCUUGGAAGAGCUCCAUGACGUUUACGGAACUUCAUGGGCUACACACCUAAUCGACCUCGAGACAGAUGAGCAGAAGAAGGGUUGGUUUCUUCGUCUGAAUCCAAAUGGCAGGAUUCCAGUCCUUCUGGAUAGCUCCCAGACAGCAUCAGCCAUCUCCAUCAUGGAGAGCCAAGCAAUCCUCACGUACCUUCAGGAAAACUACGACCAGAGCAAUGUAUUUGGAUUUAUUUCUGCAUCCGAGCGAAGCCAAGUAAUGCAGUGGCUGUUCUUCUGGCACUCGUCUGCUCCAGUGCAAGGACACGGUAGACAUUUUAUCAAGGGAGUCAAAGAGCCUAUACCAUAUGCGGCAGAAUACUUCCAAAAGGCCAUGCUCCGCAUAUAUUCCGUGCUCGAAGCUCAUCUCAGCGGACAGCAUCGGGCAAGUUCCGCAACGCCUCGCGAAUAUCUAGCUGGUGACGGUAUCGGCAAGUACACGAUAGCUGAUAUGGGCACUUGGCCCCAUGUUCGCGGUUACCGCUCCCUAGGCUUCUCAGAGGAUGAGAUGCGGCCAAAGUUUCCCCAUCUUCUACGGUGGAUUGAAAGGAUAGAGGCGAGACCGGCGGUGCAGAGAGGCAUUGAUGCUGGGAAGUAUGAUAGUGAGGAGAACUCGGGACUUUUGGUACGGGCUGAGCUGUAAGAUGGGUAUAGGAUGGUCUGAAAAAUGUGAGAGAUGCUUGACGUCGUUUGCAAGACGGAUUGCUUAUGAUUUAUAUAUAGGUAUUAUUUUAAUUGCAAAGAAGAGAGAGAGAUUUGC